AAUUUGAUAUAUCCACAGAAGAUUGGUCUCCCUGGUUUUUCCUUUCUACUGUAUUGAAGCAUUCGUGUCCUUGCUGCAAGUAUUUUGAUUGCUUCAACAAUCGAAUGUUCUUUAGUUGACAUCUUAAUCGUUAUAUUUACUUACAUAUUUCAACACAUAAUGAAACCCCUGAUGUUACAUGGGCACGAACGUGCCAUAACAAAAAUCAAGUAUAAUAGAGAGGGAGAUUUAUUAUUCUCGUCGAGUAAAGAUAAGAAACCGAAUGUUUGGUACUCUUUAAAUGGAGAACGCCUUGGAACUUUCAAUGGUCACAACGGUUCUGUGUGGUGUAUCGAUGUUAAUUGGGACACAACAAGAUUUCUGUCUGGCAGUGGUGAUAAUUCGCUAAGAGUCUGGGAUUGCCAAACUGGAAAAGAAAUAGGUGUCCUCCACACGAAUAGUUCUGUAAGAACAUGUAGCUUCAGUUAUUCAGCGAAUCUUGCUGUUUACUCUACAGACAAAGCAUUGGGUCACCAAUGUGAAAUGUUUAUCAUAGACAUCAGAAAUGUCGAUGCCGUAUUAUCGCAAGACGAUGUGAUCUCUAGAAUUGCAGUCAAUGGUCCCAGAAUCUCUGCUAUAUUGUGGGGUGCUUUAGAUGAGACAAUUAUUACUGGACACGAAGAUGGUGAAAUUGCACUUUGGGACGUACGAACGAGGAAAAAAAUGUCGAGUGUCAAAGGACACAAAUCUCAAAUAAACGACAUGCAAUUUAAUAAAGAUGGAACCAUGUUUGUAACUGCUUCGAAAGAUAAUACUGCAAGAUUAUUUGACAGCGAAUCAUUGGUCUUACUAAAAACAUAUAAAACAGAAAGACCUGUGAAUUCUGCCACAAUUUCUCCAAUCUUUGAUCACGUGGUUCUUGGAGGUGGUCAAGACGCUAUGGACGUAACGACAACGUCCACUCGCCAAGGAAAGUUCGAUUCUCGAUUUUUCCAUUUAGUAUUCGAAGAAGAAUUCGCGCGUUUGAAAGGGCAUUUUGGUCCGAUUAACUCUCUUGCUUUCCAUCCCAAUGGACGUAGCAUAUCGACGGGUGGUGAGGACGGUUAUGUUCGUAUUAAUACAUUCGACCAAUCUUAUUUCGAUUUCCAUUUCGAGUACUAAUUUUGUGGAAUGAAAAAAAUAAAUAUAUAUCGGCCAAAUAAA